ACAUCACAGCCUGACGUCGUAUGAUCUGCGUACACAGAAACGUCAUCAUCAAGCGUCCGUUCAAACUGCACACAGCGGGACUUUUGUAGAAAAUAAAGGGAGAAAACGGCUAGUAAUCGUAUAACCUCGUACAAUUUUGCAAGCGGGAUAACUGAACCAAAUCGAAAUGAUAGAUAUGGUUGAAAGGGAAGAUUCUAUUAUUAGUGAGGAAGAGGCUGCACAGUACGAUCGGCAAAUUCGACUAUGGGGUCUGGAUGCACAAAAAAGGUUGCGAGGGUCCCGUGUGCUGCUGAUUGGUCUCCGAGGAUUGGGAGCAGAAGUGGCCAAAAACCUCAUCCUGGCAGGAGUGAAGGGGUUAACCCUUCUUGACCAUGAGAAGGUAACUGAGGAGUCCAGUCGGGCCCAGUUCUUCAUCCCAGUCGGUUCUGAUGGACAGAACCGGGCCCAGGCCUCACUGGAAAGGGCACAGUACCUCAAUCCCAUGGUCGAGGUGAAGGCUGACACGGAGAAGGCAGAGUCCAAGCCGGACGAGUUCUUCCUGCAGUUUGAUGCGGUGUGCCUGACGGGCUGUCCCCGGGAUUUCAUGGUGCGAGUGGACCAGCUCUGCUCCCAGAGCAACGUCAAGGUCUUCUGCGGGGACGUCUUCGGCUACCAUGGCUACAUGUUCUCCAACCUGGGCUCGGAGCAUCACUACGUGGAAGAGAAGCCCAAAGUAGCAAAACCUUCGCAGGAGUCUAAUGAUGGACCCGAGGCCAAGAAACCCAAGAUCGACCCCAAUGAGACCACCAUGGUCAAAAAGACGGCCAGUUUCUGCCCCUUGAAAGAGUCGCUGGAAGUUGACUGGACGAGUGAGAAGGCCAAGGCCAGCCUGAAGCGCACCCCCCCUGACUACUUCCUCUUGCAAGUCCUGCUGAAGUUUCGCACGGACAAGGGUCGCGACCCGCACCCUGACAGCUUCUCCGAAGACGCCCCUCUCCUCCGCCAGAUCCGUGAAGACGUCCUGGAGGCACAGGGCCUGAGCAGCGAGCUGCUCCCAGAUGACUUUGUCACGUACUGCUUCUCUGAGAUGGCCCCGGUGUGUGCGGUGGUGGGCGGCGUUCUGGGACAGGAGAUCGUCAAGGCCCUUUCCCAGAGAGAUGCACCUCACAGGAACUUCUUUUUCUUUGAUGGCCUCAAGGGAAGCGGAGUGGUGGACUACUUUGGGUCCAAGUGAAGUCGUCUAGCCAAGGGGUUGGUCAACGAUAGUGUGCAGAAAGCAUUGGCCCACAUUUCCCAAAUCCUUAAUAAACCCCUUUUACUGUCUUAUCAGGCCGCACAGUUUUAGAUUUUGUUUGCAUCAUGUUAGGCCAUGCACCAUUGGUCCUCUAUUCUAGACCUCAAUGAUCUGUCCUUUUCCCCAAGAUCCAACGUAACUUUUGUUUCUAAAAUAAAUCUACUGCCCUGGACAUAUUGUUUGUACUGAACUUGAACACAAAUGCAAACGUAUAUCCCCAUUAAUUAAUUGGGACAUAUCGAGUCCUGUUUCUGUCCUGUCUCUGCCCCCUUUCUGUACUGUAGAUCUAUGUGGACUGUCCCUACCAUAUAUAAGCAUAGGAGAUGUGGUUUUUACAUUUUGUAAUAAAAAAACAUUUUAAAAAACUGUAAAAAAUAAAAAGGCAAACUCCCCUGUG